AUGGCGCUCAUGGCCCAAUACAGCCCCGGCAGCCUGCUGAAACCAAAGGAAAACAAGCCAGCAGAACAUUUCCGGCGGAAGUGGCCUCGGCUACGCCAAUCCCCUUCCCUAAACAAAGUAGACUACGAUUCCCACUGUCCUCCGCGCCCGGGUGGGGGGGGUAAGGAACCGGAAACUGCGUGGGGAGCUGGACCAGGUGACAGUGACGUGGCUGUGCCCCAGGCUUUCCUGCUGUGGCCCCUCCAUAAGCCUGCAGGUGCCCUGAUGGAGCCCCAGUCCUGCCCUCGAAGCUUGGCUGAAGGCUUCCUGGAGGAGGAGCUUCGGCUCAAUGGUGAGCUGAGCCAACUGCAGUUUUCGGAGCCUGUGGGCAUCAUCUACAAUCCCGUGGAGUAUGCGUGGGAGCCACAUUGCAGCUACGUGACCCGCUACUGCCAGGGCCCCAAGGAAGUGCUCUUCCUGGGAAUGAACCCAGGACCCUUUGGCAUGGCCCAGACUGGGGUGCCCUUUGGGGAAGUGAAUAUAGUCCGGGACUGGUUGGGCAUUGGGGGGACUGUGCUGACCCCUCCCCAAGAGCACCCUAAGCGACCAGUGCUGGGGCUGGAGUGCCCACAGUCAGAGGUGAGCGGUGCCCGAUUCUGGGGCUUUUUCCGGAACCUCUGUGGACAGCCUGAGGUCUUCUUCCGUCACUGCUUUGUCCACAAUCUGUGUCCUCUGCUCCUCCUGGCUCCCAGUGGGCGCAACCUCACCCCUGCUGAGCUGCCUGCCAAGCAUCGAGAACAGCUUCUUGGGGUCUGUGAUGCGGCCCUCUGCCGGCAGGUGCAGCUGCUGGGGGUGCGGCUGGUGGUGGGAGUGGGGCGGGUGGCCGAGCAGCGUGCGCGGCGGGCUCUGGCAGGCCUGAUGCCCGAGGUCCAGGUUGAGGGGCUCCUGCACCCCUCGCCUCGCAGCCCACAGGCCAACAGGGGCUGGGAGGCAGUGGCCAAGGAGAGACUGAACGAGUUGGGGCUGCUGCCACUGCUAACAAAAUGAGUGCCCGUGGGGCACAGAGGACACAGUCAAGGCCCCAAGUCAUUCUUGGGCACGCAGAUCUACACACCUCCUGGACGAGCAGCAAGGUCCUCCUCAGCUCCCUGCUGACUGGGAUCACGUUCUUUGAUCAUUGGAACUGUCUUCGCACCUGCCCGGGUGGUCCUGACACUAAUCCUGCCUGCCCUUGAUUCCUGCUGUCUUCACCCUCU